AUGGCUGACGUGGCAGCUCCGUCGAGUGACAUCAACGCGUCUGCUGGUGACGUGGAUUCGCGCAGCGGGUGCAGGAUCUGCGCGGCGGUGACGGCGACGACGGUGGGGGGAAUGCGGGAGCAGAUGGCGCAAGCGAAGGCGGCGGGAGCGGACACGGCGGAACUCCGCGUGGACCAUUUGACCGAGUUUGACCCGAGCGUUGACCUCCCUGAGCUCCUAAACGACCGCUGUCUUCCCGUUAUUGUCACAUGCCGGCCUACGUGGGAGGGCGGCAAGUACACCGACAAGGAUGAGGCGAAGCGGCAGCAGGUGCUGGCGAUGGCCAUGGACAUGGGGGCGGAGUUCAUUGACGUCGAGCUGCAGGUCGCUUCCGAGUUCAUCCAGAAGCACGUUGCACCCCGCCGCGCCGCUGCCGGUGGUGCCGGUGUGACUUCAACGCGUGUGAUUGUAUCGAGCCACAACUACAGCGUGACCCCGCCGCUGGAGGAGCUGAGGGCGUUGGUGGCGCGCAUAGAGGCUGCCGGCGCUGACAUUGUCAAGUUCGCCACUACUGCCACUGAUAUCACUGAUAACGCACGCGUGUUCCAGAUAUUGAAAGAGGCUCAGCGCCCCACAAUCGCACUGGUGAUGGGUCCCAAGGGUUCCAUCAGUCGCCUCCUCGCGCCCAAAUUCAACGCCUUCCUCACUUUCGGAGCCAUCACGCCCGGCGCUGAGUCAGCGCCAGGUCAGCCGACGGUCGCUGAGCUGGCGGGCACGUACAGGCUGGCGGGGGUGGGCCCAGCAACGCGCGUGUUUGGGCUGGUGGGCAACCCGGUGGGGCACAGCAAGGGCUUUGUGCUGCACAAUGCAGCGCUGAGGCAUGUGGGGUAUGACGGCGUAUACGUGCCGUUCUUCGUUGACGAUGUGCCUGCUUUCCUCAAGGCUUUCAGUGACCCGGACUUGAAGGGGUUCAGCGUGACCAUUCCUCACAAGCUAGCUGCAUUGGAGUGCUGCCAAGACGUGGAACCUCUUGCCAAGAGCAUAGGUGCUGCCAACACCAUUAUUCGGGGGGAGGGGGGGCUGCUGAAGGGGUACAACACAGACUGCAUGGCGGCCAUUGAGGCCAUCGAGGACGGACUCAGGCAGAUAGAGGGAGGCAGCAGCAACACCACCAGCAGCAGCAGCAGCGCCGGCAGCAGCAGCAGCGGUAGUGCGGAAGCUUCCUCCUCGCCCCUCGCCGGCCGUCUCUUUGUGGUUGUGGGGGCAGGGGGUGCCGGGAGGGCUCUGGCAUUCGGUGCUAAAGCGAGGGGUGCGGAUGUGAUUAUAACGAAUAGGAGUUACGGCAAAGCGGAGGCGCUGGCUGCGGCUGUGGGCGGCACCGCCGUGCCUCUGCCGUCCGGUUCUGGUGAUGCUGACGUGGCAGCGGGCGGCGAUGAGCUGGCAGCAGGCGGCAGUGAGCUGGCGGCGGUGCUGCAGGAGAUGCAGAGAGGGCGGAGUGGGCGUGCCGUGCUGGCGAACACGACCUCUGUUGGCAUGCACCCUCACGUAGAUGAUACUCCUGUCAGUAAGGCUGUCCUGCAGGAGUGCAGUCUGGUGUUCGACGCGGUCUACACCCCCAUGGAGACCCGACUGCUCAAGGAGGCCAAGCAGGCAGGAGCUGCAACGGUCAGUGGCGUCGAGAUGUUUGUUGGCCAGGCGGCUCGGCAAUUCGAGCUCUUCACUGGAAAGCCAGCCCCCGUGUCGUUGAUGCGUGAAGUGGUUCUAGCAUCACUCUCUUCCCGGGUUCUUCCAUUAUCCGCUACAUUUCCGCCACCCUCCUCUCGCUCCCCGCGCAUCAUGGAAGCGGAGGAGCCUCCGCGCGCGCGCACUCUCCGCAAUGCCGCCAAGCGCUGGAGCGUGCCGGCCGUCCUGCACCCCGCGUCGGGCCGGCUCGUCCCCAUGGACGACUGGGCGAUCUCCGCCGCCGUCGCCGCGCAUAGCGACGGCGCGCCGGCCGCGCCGUCCGCCGCAUCUUCCAGCCACGACGAUUUCCUGAAGAAUCUGACCAAUCGCAGUCGGAAGUGGAUUGGCGGGGCGCGCUCGUCCGGGAGACCCGGGACGUCGUCGUUUCGCGACGCGGAUAACGCGGCGGCUGCGGCGGCGUCGCCGGGCGCGGCGCCGGCCGCGCCGCCGUCGCUGAGUAACGUGCCGGAUCCGGUGCUGCUUAAGAUUCUGAUGCGCGUGGAAUCGCCAAGAGACCGAGCGUCGUGCGCGCAGGUCUCCCCGCGCUGGUUUUGGCUGGAGAAACGCUCUCGCCGCGCAGUGACCCACCUGGACCUCUCCCAACCCUCGCGCUUCCUCGAGUCGCUCCCCCUGGCCUUCUUCCCGCGCGUCACCUCGCUCGCCCUCAACUGCGCGCUCUACCGCCGCGCCUGCUCCGCGGACCGCCUCUAUGACGCGCGGGAACUGCACGUGCUCGAGCUGCUGCAUCUCAAACGGAUCCUCAAUCAACGGCCCUGGGAGAAUCUCGAGUUUGUUGACUCGCACUUCCUGCUAGAGGGGCUGCCUAAAACGGGGAUGGGAGUGGGGGUUUCAAUGCUAGCGGUGCAGUUACAACUCCCGGUGUUACGACCCCGGCUGUUGCAACUCCGGUCUCUGAUCCUGGAGGGCGGGCGUAACGUCACCAACAUUGAGAACAUUGCUAAGGAAAUUUCCAUCAAGCUGCUAACCCAGGAGCUGGCCCAGUGCUCCGCCCUGCGUCAUCUGGUCAUCUCCCAGACCGUCAAGGGCAACCCGCGUCUGCUGGAACGCGCCUUCUCCUCCCUGCCCCUCCUCACCUAUCUCGACCUGGGCAACCUCAAAAUCGAAACCCCGGGGGCAGCUGGGCCCCCGCUGCUGGGGGCCACGGAUGGGAUGCUGAGGGAGGUAGCGCGGUGGUGUGCGGUGCUGCAGGAGGUGUAUGUGGGGCCCCAUGCGACGGUGGUGGGGGUGGAGGCGGUAGCGGGCAAGUGCAAGCAGCUGCGCGUGUUGGGGGAUGUCACUGCUGCCUGUCGUGACUCCAUGCACGUGAUGAACAAGUGGGCUACGAACGAGACUCUAGAGGAGGUGGGCAGUUCAUGCCCCUCCCUGCGCUCCCUCCUCAUCCGCUGCAACGCAGACAUCACAGACGCAGGCCUGGUGGCACUAGCAGCACUCAACCCCAACCUCACCCACCUCAACGUAUUCGCCCUCGCACACUCCCUCACCUACAUCUCCCUCGUCUCCGCCGCCCGUCACUGGACCUCUUUGGAAACUCUAAUCCUGCCCUUCUGCGAGCGAGACGACCGCGCCGACCUGCCCGACCUGGUGAAAGUUCUUUCGUCCAGCUGCCCGAAGCUGAAAGUGUUUUCGAUCGGGCUGUGCGCGCAUAGGUAUUUUGAAGCGUUGCUGGAGCUGCUGGGUUCGUGCCCGUCGCUGGAGUAUGUGUAUCUGUAUGAGAGCUGCCAGGAGGGGCAUGAAUUCACCAUGGCUGAUCUCAGGAAGGCUGCUGCCAAGGAGAAGAGGAAACCUCUCAUCUGCUACGCUGCUGGCUCGGCUGAAGGGAUUUGA